AUGAGAAGCAGCUGUUUCCCUCCACGAGCAGGUUUGUGUUUCCACCACUUGACACCUCCGUCUGCUGCUGUUUGGAGCCUCAGCAGACGGGGUAGGCCGGGGGGGGUGCAGGCUGGGGGGGGGGGGGGGGGGGGGGGGGGGGCAGGCCGGGGGGGUGCAGGCUGGGGGGGGGGGGGGGGGGGGGGGGCAGGCCGGGGGGGGUGCAGGCUGGGGGGGGGGGGGGGGGGGGAGGCAGGCCGGGGGGGUUUGCAGGCUGGGGGGGGGGCAGGCUGGGGGGGUAUAUGGUCUUAG